CCCAUAGCGCGCAGCAUGAACGCUCCGCGGCAAAAGGAUGUGUGAGCAAGCAGCGCGUUACUGCAGGGACGGAGUCCACAAACUGCUCCACAAAGAACAAGCCAAACUCCGGGCACAGGAAAGCAAAGAACAGCCCAAAUCCGGGGCCCAGGACAGCGAGACAGCGACGGCUGCACAGUCCGGAAACAGCGGUAGCCAGCCCGGUGGAAUCGACGGGCUUGUCCGCUGGAUAGUCACCAAGAUGAGCGACAACAAGAGCAUCUCUACCCGGGAAUACGCCAAAGAAGAGGCGGCAAUGGCCCAGGAGCAGUUCUUCGCCCCCGAGCCACGGAAAGGCAUCUCUGUCAUUUUAGAUAUUUUCCGGCGAGCGGAUAAGGAUGAUGAUGGGAAACUGUCUCUGGACGAGUUUCUUGGCUUCUUCUCCGAUGGCACCCUGAACGAGGAAGAACUGGAGAAGCUGUUUCACACCAUUGACUCAGAUAACACCAGUAAUGUUGACACCAAGGAACUCUGUGACUACUUUGCCAAACACAUGGGUGACUAUGAAGGUGUGCUGGCCUCCCUGGAGACUCUCAACCUGUCCAUCCUCAAAGCCAUGGACUUCACCAAGAAGGUGUACGAACGAGGCACCAACGUGGAGCAGUUCGUGGCCCGCUUCCUGCUGAAGGAGUCGGCCAGUCAGAUCCAGUCUCUCCUCAACUCAGUGGAGAGCGCUGUCGACGCCAUUGACGAGCAGCACACUCAGGGGUCAUACCCGUCCAGCAAAGUCAGCCCCCGGGCUCCAGAGAAGCAAUACGCCAACCCAGUGCCUGACUACCCGCCCAACAACAGAGUCAGUGCCAAGGAUGCCACGAGGAACAUCAACACAGGACAAGGGGCGGUGGAGACAAGGAAAGAGGGGCUGGAGGCGCAGAUCAACCGUCUGGCAGAGCUGAUUGGUCGCCUGGAAAACAAGACAGUCUGGUUUGACCUGCAUCAGCGACUAACUGAUACUGAUGGCACAACAAGCGCAUGCCUCUUCCUGAUACGUCAGGAGAUGACCGUGUCUCAGAAGCAGCUCGGGGAGUUCUGUGAGGCCCUGAAGCAGUACCUGAAGAAUGUCUCCACCCAAAGAGACUGCUUCCACGUGACUGCAGUGCGACUGCCGAGUGGACUGUCCUUCGUGGUGUACGAGUUCUGGGACGGGGAGGAGGAAUGGAAGAGGCACCUCCAGACUGCGUAUGCCAAGGCCUUUCAGCAUGUGAAAGUGGACACCCUGUGCCAGCCUGAGGCAGUGUCCACUGUAGCCGUGCCAGCUGCCUGGUGCAAUUCGAGCAGAGAAUGAUGUGGACGAGGCCUCUCUGCUGGUGGAACGCGUCCGCCGUAUGCCUGAAUGCCCAAACACUCCUCUCUUCUUGUCCACCCCUUAGGCUCACCUCCUCACCCACUCCCUCUCUGCUUAAAGCCUCCCCCCCCUCUCUUUUGUAAUGACUUGUUUACACAGUGUCUGUUUGAUAUUGAGGCAGAAUGUAAGGUGUUAAUUGCAGAGAGCGUUGAGCAGAUCUAAGUUAAUUUCCCUGUGACCGCUCUCACACGUGAAGUUUGGCUUCUGCUGCAGUCUCUCGUCAGAGCUGCAGUGGGCUGAUUACGCUGCGUGUGGAACUCUGGAGGCUGUGAAAUCCAUUUAGUCACAGAAACUAUAAACGCCAACUGUGGGAGUCAAUGGUAUAACAUCAGCUUCGUUUUUACGCACCGGAGGUUUAUGUGUGUUUAAUUCUUGACAGUGCAGUCCCACUAAAACACUCCCUCACAGACAUUUGUGGCUUGUGUUGACCCCAAUGCCAGCAAAGCAGGUCAACUUAAUGGCGUUGUUCCUUCACGGCCGUAGAGGGUUGAAGAAACUGCUUUUAUGCCAGUACUACUAAACCUCACAGCAUAUAUAUCACACUAACGAUCUUCAGUGUUCCCUGCAAUUAACUGUGCAUAAGAGCGAUGCCCCAUGCUUCUAUCAGACAAACAGUACUACGGGAAUUAAAACUGUUUUCACACACCAUUCACACUAUACAUAAAGGAAGAAACCCACCACAAACCAGUGUAUACUUUGGUCCAGCUCAGCCAAUUAGAACUACACUAAACACAAUCAGAACCAUUCUAAGAGCACAAUGUAUGUGAAUAAGUAUUCUCUAAAGAAAGUCUAUGAAGAGUUAUCUAUGUAAACUGCAGAUAUAGAAUUUAAAAUGAAUAUUUACAAUGGAGAUAUCUAUUUAUCAGAGUUGAUCUUGUAAAGUGAUUUAGUGGAUUGCAGUAAUGACAUCAUUUUAGUCUCAGACAGUACAGAACGACUGGCAUAGUGUCAAAAAAAAUCAUGUUUUCUUUAGCGAGAUGAACUAGUUCUCAAAAUUAGGUACCCCCACAUCUAUCGAUACCAUGAUUACAUGUGUAUUCUGUCAUUCUUGUCCAGGUGUAUUUCUUUUUGAACCAGGACUACAGAAAAAAACAUAGACCCUGAAGUUUCAUAAUGAUUAAAAAGCAUAAAACCUUACAGUACCCCAGUAAAACUGGUUUGUCUCUGUGAAAACAGGUUUGCUCCGGUCAUAGCACUAGUGCCCUGGCCGUUUCAGUGACCCUCCUAGCUAUGGGAUGUACUGUGCAAAAUGGCUUCUUUUCUUUUUUUGUGGCCCUUUUUCCUCCCCUCCACUGUACCUCACCUGAGUGCAUGUUCAAACAAAUGUCCAGUAACUCAGUAGUAUUUAGCUAUGCUACUUUCAAUGGGGUUUGUGCAGUUAAUUAUGUUCUUUUAUAAUAUUCCAACAAUAUGACGUUAAAGUAUAUGACCAGGAGAAGAAAAAAAAAGACUUACCGAAUGAAUAUUCACUUUUAUGGCAUUGUUUAUUGAAAUAUUAAUUCUUAUACCUAUGUAUGUUUCAGUAAAACUGGCUUUCUCUUGAUGUGAGUGUAGAGACGUAUUGCAGGGAUGCAAGCAUUAUAGUCGUUUGAACUUUGUUUAAAUUCUAGAUUAUGUAGAGCGAUGCAAUUCAAUAAAAAUUGAAAAAGGUUCAAAA